AUGACUCAAAACAAUGAUCUUCUUUCUUCCGAGUUAAACAAAUGGACUAAAAGCAUGCUCGUUGACUAUAUAGUGGCGCAGACUCUGCCCGUUGGUGUGAAGCUAAGUGACGACUUGUCUAAGUUUUUAAAAGAUUCUUCUUCUGAUCCUGUAUUGCCUCCGCAUGGAAACUCAGUUGAUAUUGCUAAUAUUCUCCAAUCCGUGGUUGUGGAGCUCAAAUCCGUGGCUCUUAGUAACGCUAAGCUACAUGAUAAGCUCAACCACCUCAAUGCGGCACCUAAUGCCCAAACUCCCAAAUCAAAUGCUCAACUCUUUAAAGUGCCAGUUGAUGUACACCCGAACUCGGUUACGGGUAUUCGUUCUACUCAACCCACAAAUCAAUUGACUGCCAGUCAAUCUUCGUCUGUAAAAUCAAAAUUCAUUGUUGGUUCUGUAAAGAACUCAUCUUCCAAGUUGUCAUCAGUGCCUGUGCGUAAGCAUGUUGAUAUUUUUGCAUCGAGGCUUGAUCCGAGUGUUACAACUGCCCUGCUAGAAUCUGAAUUAUUCAAUGGUUACCCAGACGUGACCAUCAACAAAAUGGUUACAAGGCAUCCAUCAUACUCUUCGUUCCAUAUUCGUCUGCCUGCGGAUAAGCUGGAUAUUGUCCUCAAUCCUGCAUUCUGGCCCGAUGAUGAUUCAAGACGCCACUCCAAAAAACUGAUAUCUUCAUGUUCGUCUACCUGUCCUCCUCUUAGUGUGGCAUACGCUCCACCCACUUUCAGAUCUGGUGUUGUGAAACACCGCGAAAAACUUAUCAGCCAAGGAGUGAAGCUACCCAUAGGCUACUAUCAAAACUGUAGAGGUCUUAGAACCAAACUUUGUCUUUUUAAAUGUAAUGUUGCUGUGUUUAAUUAUAUUUUCAUUUGUUUAACUGAAACGUGGCUUACUAAUAGCUUCCAAGACACGGAAUUAGGUUUACACUACUAUGUUGUAUUUAGGUGCGAUAGAAGUAGUCAAUCCAGUAAUUUUAGUAGAGGAGGAGGAGUUCUCGUUGCCAUUCGUAACGAUGUGGUCCAUAACUUGUUACCUGCACUCAUUAACAAUGUUGAAUAUUUAUUCGUUAAAUUUUAUGUAAAUAAUAAUGCUUAUAUUGUUUGUUCCGUAUACAUUCCUCCUAGUAGCCCUAUCCCGGUAUAUGAGUCCUUUAUGUCUGCUGCUCAAUAUAUUAUCGACGCCAAUCCUGGUUCCGUAUUUAUUUUCUCUGGUGAUUUUAACCUUCCUGACCUAUCCUGGUCUAAUGACGAUUUUGGCUUAAUUUAUUCUUCCUCUGGCCCUGUAGUCCACUGUGUUCCUGACGUUUUCGCAUAUAAUAACUUUUUCCAGCUAAAUCACAUACCCAACUCCAAUGGAAAUUUCCUUGAUCUAGUUUUUUCAAAUGAUUCUCGGAUCAUUAUAGAGAAAUCCGUUACUGGAGUGGUUCCUUGUGAUCCUUAUCACCCAGCCUUAGUUUUUAUGAUUCAUUUUGUAGAUGACUUACCAUCUAUUGAUAGAUGUCAUAAAUAUUAUAAUUUUCGUAAGGCCUGUUAUCCUCGUAUUAGUGCCUUCUUAUCAUCGUUUAACUGGUUAGAAACCUUAGCAACAACCGAUAUUGAUUCUGCUACGUGUGCAUUGUACGAUGCAUUGCAUUGCUGUGUUACAAGUUUUGUACCUUUAGUUGUUUUCAAACCUUCUAAAUUUCCAUCCUGGUUCUCUAAAAAUCUAAAAAACAUUGUUUUUGCCAAGAAAGAAAUGCACGCUAAAUACAAAGCAUCACGUAACCCUGCUGACUAUAACAAGUUCUCUAACCUGCGCGCUCAGUAUAAGUAUUAUUAUAAAAAGUGCUAUAAAACAUUUCUGGAUAACACUGAAAACAAGCUUAAAGUUAAUCCUCGUUUAUUCUGGGACUUUGUACGUAAGCGUAGAUCUAGCAAUGGUAUUCCCAACUCUGUUCACCUCAAUGAUCUAACUGCCACUGGUCCUGAAUCCAUCUCCAGUCUUUUCUCAUCCUACUUUAACUCAGUUUAUGUGCCUCCCCAGCAAGUAGCCUACCUGUUAUUCCAUUUGCGCAGCAUACUUUACCAUCUGACUGCAUCUUUAGUGUCGAUGAUGUCGAGAACGGGUUAG